UCAGUAGGAAAAAUUUCUCGCGUAAAGACGGCCGAUCCAGUGAGUCGCAUCCGUGAAAAUUCCUUGAUUAUGCAGUAAUAAAAUACAAGGAACUGAGUUUUCUUUUGCCAUUCCGGAACCGAAAAGUUGAUUCUUCGGGGGAAGAUUGCUUCCGUGAACGAAAAGUGUCGUGUGAAAUUUGUGUUGAAAUGUAAAAUCGGGAGCGUUGAAAAAUCCAAUGAUAAAGGAUAAGGCAAAGUUCCACUCCUCGCUGGAAAUAAUCGAUAAUUUUACUGUGUGUGACCUAUUAGCACAUCUAGGAGCAGUGCAAGGAAUUCCAUCAGAGUGAAAAAUCGUAAAUUUUCUCAUAAUUGCAUAGGAAAACAAACGAUUUUAGGAUUUCUCACAAGUGCAAGUGAUCAGCAGAUCGCCAGGAAAGGAAAGUGAAAACAAGAGGAAAACACCCACUUUGCAGAUCGAAAGAGAGUGAAAUCAUAAUUUCUGAUAACGGGCAUAGCGUUUAUCGAAUCAUUCCCGGAGAAGUGGUUGCAGCGAGAAAGUCGAAAGAAGUUUCUUUUGCGUGAAAAAAUUAUGAAUGCAGCCGAUCCGUUCGUUAUCACGUCCCGCGAGAGGGCAAAGUAUGGGGAGCAGUUCAGGUCUCUGCAACCGGUCAACGGGGUUGUGACCGGGGCGCAGGCCAAGGGAUUCUUCCUGCAGAGUCAACUGCCGCCAUUGAUGUUGGGACAAAUUUGGGCCCUGGCUGAUACGGACUCUGACGGCAAGAUGACUCUGGGAGAGUUCAGCAUUGCUUGCAAACUGAUCAAUCUGAAGCUCCGCGGUUUUGAAGUUCCCAAGACACUUCCACCGACGCUGGUAGCUUCCCUUACUGCUGUAGGAGGCACUCCCAUUCUGACACCGACGUCUGGUCUUAGCCCGCUGGACCCGUUGAAAUCACUCGGGAACUCAAUCACCAAUAUGCCACCAGCAAUCCCACCACAGCCGAUCAUGGCACCUCAUGCAGUUCCGCAUGCUAUCGUCCCCCCUAUGAUGAGCAAUCAGAUGUCUGGUAUGGUCCAGCAACCGUUGAUUUCCACUGGUCCACCAGCCAGACCAUCCAUUCCACCGCAGCCCUUGAUUGCUACUGCAGCUCAACCUCCACUUAUCCCGAUGCAACCGUUGAUCCCGCAAACCGGAGCUGUCCCACCUCAGUACUCGGGAUCUAUUCCGCCAAUGAUGCCUCCCCAACCACAGCAGCCUCUUAUCGCAGGCCUCGGAGGUAUGUCAUCCUAUCAGCCGACACCUGCUCCAACGGCUGGUGUAGGAAUUGUCAAACCGUUGAUUGAUCCUAUCGGCGGAAUCUCAAGUCCUCCAUUAGUCGCCGGUCUUCCACCGGUCAUGUCGAUGCAAUCAGCAAUGGGAGGCAUUCCGCAUACUGCGGGGGUGAUGCCGGCUGCCGUUCCGGCUCCACCUACACCACCGCAAUCAGGUGGUGGAACUCCACAUCGAUCAAUGUCGAUUUCCGAACGUGCACCAUCCAUCGAAUCUCCUCAAUCCGAAUGGGCCAUCAAAGGGCAAGCCAAGCUUAAGUACACCCAGCUCUUCAACACUACUGAUCGUAACCGGAGCGGCCAUCUCACAGGUCCGCAAGCGCGAAAUAUUUUGGUCCAAUCGAAGCUUCCGCAAGCGGCGUUGGCUCAGAUUUGGGCUCUAGCCGAUAUGGAUUCCGACGGCCGGCUAGGUUGCGAAGAGUUCGUUCUCGCCAUGUACCUUUGCGAUCUGGCACUGCAGGGUGAGAAGAUUCCGACCGCAUUGCCACCGGAGCUGAUUCCACCUUCCUUCCGAAAGACAACAUCCCGCCAUGGAUCGGUCGUAAGCUCACGGCACGGUUCGGUUUCAUCGCAAGGGGGCGCACCGGUCCACGCUGCCAACAUGGAAGCUCUGGAUCCCCUGUCCGGAUUGCCGCAGUCUUCCUUUGAGGACAAACGUAAAGAAAACUAUGACAAAGGCCAGGCGGAGUUGGAUAGAAGGCGCAAAGCUUUGAUGGACAUUCAGAAGAAGGAACAAGAAGAGCGUGAUCGCAAAGAACGCGACGAGCAGGAGAAAAUUCGCAAGGCAAAAAUGGAAGCCGAGCUCAAGAAGCAACAGGAGCUGGAAAAGGAACUACAACGUCAGCGGGAGCUCGAACAGGAGCGCGAGGAACAACGUAACCGGGAACUGGAGAAAAAGGAGUUGGCUAGAAAAGAAUUGGAGAAGCAACGUCAGCUCGAGUGGGAGGCUCAGAAGAUAUCAGAAAUGCAACAGCAACGGCAACGUGAGCAGGAGAAUGUGCUGAAAUUGAAGUCCCAAAAUCAGUCGCUGAGUGUCGAACUGAGUACUUUCAACGAAAAGAUCAAGGAACUGUCGCAGAAGAUCUGCGAUACUCGUGUUGGUGUUAGCAACGUGAAGAGCACCAUCGACGGUAUGCGCACUACCAGAGAUACCCAGAUGAGCGACAUGGCUCAGCUGAAGGCUAAGGUAAAGGAUCAGAAUCAACGGCUGGUUCAGCUUAGUCAGGAAAAGGCCAAACUGGAUUCUAAGAACAAAUCUGGCGAAACGGAUAGUCAGCUGCAAUUCUCGAACAAACAGAUAAUUAUCCAGCAGCUGAAAGAUAAGCUAGAAAAUACAAAGCAACAAAUUGAGAAUAAGUCCACUGACAUUGAUAUCAAUAGCAACCAACUGACAGAACUGAAAUCUCAACUGACCGAUUUGAUUGAUUCAUGUGAAAAGUUAUACAUGGAGUAUGACAUACAGAGGAUCCAGAUCUUGGAGAUGAAGAACAAUCGCAAGAACGAAUCCUACACCAGCGCGUGGGAUACAUCUAACGCGUGGCCGGUGAAUGAUGAACCCCCGGCAGCGGUGGUAGAAACGACGGCGGUAGAAACGGUGGUCCCAAGCGAAGAUGUCAAAACACCACAGGGCUAUGUCAGGUAUCGUGCCAUAUAUGAGUUUAGUGCGCGCAACGCGGACGAGAUUACAUUCCAACCGGGUGAUAUUGUGAUGGUUCCACUGGAACAGAACGCCGAGCCGGGAUGGCUAGCUGGAGAGAUCCAUGGACACACUGGCUGGUUCCCUGAAUCGUAUGUGGAAAAGGUCGAUAGCAAUCUAAACACUGUCGUGGCACCGGUACCAGAAGCAAUCGCCUAUACGGAACCAGCCGCUAUCACUUAUUCAGAACCCACCUCCACCAUCACCACCACAACCGCCAAUGAAGUAGAAGGUACAUCAAUAGAAGCAACAAGAUAUGAUAGUUUUGAAAGUAACACUGUUUGUAACAAUAAUGUUGUUGAUGAACAAUUUGCAGCGACUUAUAACGGAGACGUCGAACAUUAUAUUGCUUGUUACGCGUAUCAAUCGGCUGAAAUUGGUGACCUGGUGUUCGACACCGGCGAGAUCGUAGCUGUCACCAAAAAAGAUGGCGACUGGUGGACUGGUAAUAUUGGCAAUCGCACUGGCAUCUUCCCCUCGAAUUAUGUACAAAAGCAGGAAUCUGUAAGUACUGCCCUAGAGACCAGUAGUGAGCCUAGUGUUGUAGAACCCGAACAGCAAGAGAUAAUCAACGGUAAUCAACAGCAAGUAGAAGAACGGGUAAUCGAAUCGACUCGCAAGCAAUCGACAUCGACACAGGAUGCAGAGGAAGCUCGAAAUCAAGCUGAGGCUGACUCGGAGGUAUCCCAAAUCAAUACUCAACCACCACCAGCGCCAGCAGCAAACGAAGAAAACAUUCGCUAUUCAUCGAUGUCCUCAGCCACCCCGAGCUUACGGAAAAAGGGCGAAGUUGCACAAGUCAUUGCUCCGUACGAGGCUACUAGUUCGGAACAGUUGUCGCUGACCCGUGGUCAGCUUAUCAUGAUUAGGAAGAAGACUGACUCUGGCUGGUGGGAGGGUGAACUACAGGCCAAAGGACGACGAAGACAAAUCGGUUGGUUCCCGGCAACAUACGUGAAGAUCCUGCAGGGUGGGCGUAACAGUGGUCGUAACACGCCGGUGUCGGCCAGCAAAGUGGAACUAAACGAAACCAUUCUCGAUAAAGUAAUAGCACUGUACCCGUACAAAGCCUUGAACGAUGACGAGCUUUCAUUCGAGAAGGACGACAUCAUUAGCGUGAUGGGCCGGGACGAACCGGAAUGGUGGCGUGGUGAACUGAACGGAACAACGGGCCUCUUCCCCAGUAACUACGUUGGCCCAUUUGUGACGUCAGGCAACGUAUAACGAGAAUCGAGGACAACUACCGUUUCCUAUGGUUUGAAUAGAACUAGCACCACCAUCCCCACUAGGGAGGACAGCAUCAAUAAUAAUAACUACUACAAUAGCGACAACAACAAUAACAACAAUAAUCGACCGAUGUUAUUGAUUCAAGUGAGGACUCGAAAAUAAACACAAAAUGAGCACUAUAAAGUAUGUAUAUGUAUGUGUAUUAUUAUCAUUCACGAAUAUAGUAUUUACAACAAAAAACAAUCGACACCUGCCCUGUGGUCCUUAAAUCUUGAAGGUAAGGUGCGAUGUCAAUGUAACCCAUACAUGCUAUUCGUAGUAAGCAAUCAGGAAGUCAACUUGUAUUCCGUUUAGUUUCAAAAUUAGGUCCCGCUAGCAUUCCAUUGCUGCGUCUUUACGAGUGUCUACAUCUAAGCCGGAUGGACGACCGAAUGGUUAUGGCUUUCGAUAGUGAUCAUUCCGCAAGAAUAAAUAUUCCUCUAUUAUAGCUCGUAUCAUAUCGGACCCAUGCGUACUGAAAAUUCACUUGUUCAUUGUUACUAUAAGGAUGUUAAGUAUUUAUUAUAGAAAGUUAUAGAUCGUUUCCAAUCCUAACUAUACGCAAGCAAUGGAUGGUCCCAUUUGAGAUUAUGUUCGAACUUGUUGAAAGCAACCUAAAGUGGCAGUAUUCACUGAUCGACGGAUAAGAUUAUGUACUCUCAAAAAAUAAAGCAAAAAAAUAAUCAAUCAGCUUUACUGAAGCUUGCUGUUCUCCAAUAAAGGUUCGUCAUCAUUAUUAGUCUGAUAAGUGUUUGGUAGCUUCAAAUUUUAUUGUUGUUAUGUUCUCUAAAAUCUCGAAAAUUACUAUCAUGUUUAUAAACGCAGUACUUAGGUAUGAUUACGCUCAAAACUUGUACAGAACCGAUAUUAUGUCUUAUGUUUUGCAAUUUAUGAUAUUUUCAAAAACUUACAACAUUUCAGUACAAAAAUAUAUUGAUUUUAUAAAUCUAACAACAAACAUACAAUUCAAAGCUGAUGCCACCGCAAAAACAGAAACAGUGCUCUACCGGAGUAGUUUUUAAAGUAUUGCUAAUUACUAUGUUGUAUCAAGAAACAAGUGUGAGGAACUAUACUAGAGGCAAACACAUAAAUAAACAGCCACCACAUUCCAUGUAUGAGUUAUCGAAUAGAAAUUAAAAAAAAGCAAACCAAAAAUGCUACCAAUAUACCUAGGUCAAGCUGUAUUCCGAAAUCGAAUCAAUUACAGUGACAUGUAAAAUAACGUACAGGAACAAUGAAAAAGGAAUGUUUAACAAAAUGAGAUAAUAAUUGAAACUAUGAAAAUACAACCAAGUUAAUUCUCCACAGCAGA